CUAAACGGAGUUUUAUUUAGAUACCAUCAGAGAUGUUCCUCUUGUCCUUAAUUGGCCCUCGUGUUGUUUAAAAUGCAUAAAUGUGUUUAAUCACAACAUUUUAUGUCCAAUUAAAACACGAAAAGUGACUCAAACAUCAAACUAGAAACACUGCAGAGUUUGUAAACAAUGGAAUUGCCAGACGAACGUGUGACAAUUAAACGUCAACCCGGUGACGUUAAUUACUUAAACAGGAAGUCGUCUGCACCAAUACAUCGGAGUUUCAGCGUGGCAAAAGAAGGUCGUCUCGUUCGCCCCGGCAUGGCAAAGCUGUUUGACGACAUCAGCGAGAGGCUGGUCUUCUCCAGCUGCGGAGAAGAAGGCAGCAGCAGCGACCACUCGGACGACUGCGCCGCCAGACUGCGAAGCCCCAGCAGCCCCGUGUGCAGGACACCGAGGGUGCAACGCCACCGCGGUCGGAGCAACGCCUUAUCCUCGCCUUUACGUUGCACCAGCCCCAUACCUUACGCCUCCUGGAAGAAACUGAGGGUCUGUGACUCCCCGAGCACACCCAAGAGUCUGUUGUUGAAGUCGUCGCAGCCUUACUCCACCGUUAAGAUCAAUUCAAGGACACGGCGUUCCAACUCGGUGGCUACAAACCUGCUCCAGGCGCCCUCGGUCAACGUGAAUCCCUUCACGCCCGACUCGGAGCACAGGAGCAGCGAGCCGCAGUGGAAGCGCAGCUGUAGGAGUGAUAGUGAUGAGGAUUAUGGACGCAGAUUGAAACACAGCCUGACAUCAUCAGAGGAGGAUGAUGACUACUUCCUCCCACCAAAGAGGCAAGCUGUUCAAGCCUUCAUGCUGUCACGGUACGAGAGCGACUUCCUGGAGCUGGAGCGCAUCGGCGUGGGCGAGUAUGGGACGGUUUACAAGUGCGUGAAGAGGCUGGAUGGUUGCCUGUACGCCAUCAAACGAUCCCGACGACCCCUCGCGGGCUCUGCCGAUGAGAAGCUGGCUCUGAAGGAAGUAUACGCACAUGCCGUUCUCGGCCAUCAUCCCCACGUCGUCCGCUAUUACUCCGCCUGGGCCGAGGAAGACCACAUGAUUAUUCAGAAUGAAUAUUGCAACGGUGGAAGUCUGAGUGAUGUCAUCAGGACCAAGGGGAUGUUUUCAGAAGCGGAGCUGAAAGAUUUGAUACUUCAAGUGUCUUUGGGUCUGAAGUACAUCCAUGGUUUGGGACUUGUGCACCUGGACAUCAAACCAAGCAAUAUAUUCAUUUCUCAGCGCUCGCUCUCGAGCACGGCGGUUGGGGGUGAGAGUGAGGAAGAGGAUGAAGGAAGCCAUCCAGCGGGAGCCGUGUAUAAAAUUGGCGAUCUGGGUCAUGUGACCUCAACCAAUAGUCCUCAAGUGGAGGAGGGGGACAGCCGCUUUCUGGCCAUGGAGGUUCUACAUGAGGAUUACAGUAAUCUUCCCAUGGCGGACAUCUUUGCUUUGGGCCUCACGGUGCUGGUGGCAGCAGGCGCUCCCCCAAUGCCCCAAAAUGGAGAAGAGUGGCACCGCCUCAGAGAGGGGAACCUGGCCGUGCUUCCAAGGGAGCUCUCUGCCCCCUUCCGUGGUCUGCUUCAGUUGUUGUUGGAUCCAGACCCGACCAAACGACCUUCUGCUCGGCAGCUCUGCAAGCACAACGUCUUAAGACAGGAGAGGACCGGGAGGCUGGCGGCUCAGCUACGUCGAGAACUCAAUGUGGAGAAGUUCAGGACAGCCAUGCUUGAAAAGGAGCUCCAGGAGGCCCGUGAGGCUGCCGAGUCCCAAAAGCGGAGCCCCGUGGCUGCCCUGCAGCUUCCGGCCAGGAUGGGGUCUCUAACCAAGCCAGGGGUGAGGCUCGUGGGCAGGAAAACUGCACGGUCCAUGAGCUUCGGUUGUCCUGGAGUGUGAUGAGGCUCUUGGCUUCCCUUUGGUGCAAGCAAAGCGUUUGUUGGCUCGGUCAGGUUGAUGUGAUGCUAAACCACCACUGUACUUCACUUUUAAUAAUGUUUUUACGUGUGAAUAAACAUUU